AUGAGUUGCAAUUCUAGGAAAUCGCACGGUGAAAACAGAGGCCGCGGGUGCCAUGGGUUCUCUUCGAAGUGUCAUUGCGACUUAGAUGUUGUACUUUACACAUCGAACACGCAGGACCACUUGUUUAAAUGGGUUGAAGAAAGUGUAUAUGAGGAGGUUGUAGAUGCUUUACCAAAAAUCUCCAUCAUUGACAAAGAGAUUGAAGAUUUGAAAGCCCAGAUCGAAGAAUUGAAGGAAGAUGGAAUGUGGAACAAAAGAGAAACUUAG